GCUCUCCUCUCCGUCAUCUCGGCUCUCGGCGGAGUCAUGGCUGAACCCAGACCUGACCCUCGGAUAACCAUGGCUCCCAGGCAGAGUGAGUCGGGGGUGAUGGUUGUGAUGAUGACAUGAUGUGUGCAUGUUGAAGGUUGAUCAUCGUCUCUCUCUCUCUCUCUUUUCAGUCGGAAGCGCCAUCAACUCUGUGGUCGGUGAUAUCACUUCUGGAGGUGCCAGCGUCCUCUCCGACAUCACUUCUGGAGGUGCCAGCGUUCUAUCUGACAUUACCUCGGGAGGUGGCAGUGUCUUGUCUGACAUCACGUCAGGAGGUGCAAGUGUCGUCAGUGCAGCUGCGUCUGGCUUCCAAUCCGUCACUGGAGCUGCUGGAUCCGUCUUUACCUCUAUCACGGGAGCCGCCGCAAGUGGCGUUACCGGUGCAUCGUCUUCCGCCGCUGGUGCCGCAGCGUCCGGUGCGAGCGCAGCUAGCAGUGCUCUCAGCUCGGCCUCCUCGGCCGCUACCACCUCUGGUGCCGCUCAGCCCGGAGCCAUGUUCUCUUCCGGAUUGGCCUGGACAGCCAUGGUUGGAGCUGCCGGCGUUGCUAUCGGUGCCGGACGAGUCUGGAUCUAGGGCGAGCAAGCCCUAUGCCAAGGCAUAGUGUCGUUCUUUUCCCUGAGCCACCUGUGGACUCUAUAUACUCUG